ACAACAUCUCACAUCUCUGAGGUUAGAGAUGGUUUCUUUGUUGAAUAUCCAGAUUACUUGAUUAUCACUGAAGUUUAGGACCUUGCGUUUUGUGUGGUUUCCUGAUGCAUCCAUAUGUGUUGUGUGAUGACUUGACAGGUUUUAGACAAGAAUCUUUGUACGAUAUUCACAAAUCACCAAUAAGCUUCACGCAGUUUUCUUCCUUUCUACUAAGUCGAUUUUACUAACCUUUUUUUUUUUCUCUAUUCCAGGUUCAGAUAUGCCUACAAAGAUUUAAUGAAACUAUAAGGUAACACAUACUUACUUAAGCCAUGUACAAAUACCUCUUUAAGUAUUAUGAUAUUGCUUCCGGUAGUAGUGAGUGGCUCACCACAAUCUUUAGACAGAUUAUGUCUUCCAUUAUUUUAUUCGAAUAACUUCAACUUCUCCCCACCAACUUAUGACAUUUAUUCGAUACUUCAACUUUCCAUUCUUCUUCUAAAAGCAAAGUCUUGAAGAUCAUUUUUCACUCACUUGACUUUUUUUAUCUUCUUUCCAAACUAUGAUAUGCACAGAGGCUCUUCAGCGGAUUUCGUUCUCGAGUGAUCUUGGUCAAUCGGAUAAAGCACCACCACCUGUGAUAGAGCCAUCAGGCCUUAUCCGAAGAGACGAAACUCUUCUUGAUUCAUCAAACUCGGACUUCGAGUUCCAUAUCUCAAACAGCUUUGAUCCAGGAGACUCCUCACCAGCGGAUGAGAUCUUUGCAGACGGUAUGAUCCUUCCUUUCCAUGUAACUGCAGCUUCGACCGUGCCAAAACGUCUCUACAAGUACGAACUCCCUCCCAUUACAUCCUCCCUUUCUCCAUCUCCUCUCUCGCCACAACCGUUACCCACAAAACACAGCGAAAAGGAAACCAACGGGAGAGCAAGUGGAGCAAACUCUGACUCAGAAGCAGAGAAGUCAUCAAAGUCGUUUUGGAGUUUCAAGAGAAGCUCCAGCCUCAACUGCGACAUAAAGAAGAGUCUCAUCUGUUCGUUUCCUCGGCUGACAAGAAGCAACUCUACAGGUUCGGUUACUAAUUCUAAGAGAGCAAUGCUGAGAGAUGUUAACAACCAUAGGCCCUCUUCUCGGUCCUCUUGCUGCAAUGCGUAUCAGUUCAGACCUCAAAAGCACACAGGAAAGAAAGGUGAAGGAGGAGGAAGCUUCUCCGUCAUUCCAGUCCUCAAUGGUCCAUCUACAUUUGGGUUAGGAUCGAUCUUACGCCAUUCGAAUUCGAAAGAUAAGACGAAGACAAAGAAGAAGAAGAACAAGAAGUAG